AUUUUUCCCUCACUACUCCCAGAACAGUGGACCAGAACUGUGUGUUACAGAAACGCGAGAAGAACAGAAGAAAUCCCUCCAUCCUCUGCAGAAAGGAAGCUCAUGGACUGAAAAGUUGAUAAAGGGAAAAACAUGGAAAGCAAGAAAAUGCAAGAGAACACCAUCCAUGUUUCUGAUCCAGACAAUUUUUUUUAAGGCAACUUGAUUCGGGAGCAUGUGUAAUUCUGAAAUAUGAACAGAACUUUUGCAGGAGGUAAAAUGUGUAUAGAAAGGCUCAAGAUUUUUCAAUUGAUGAAACAGCCAAUGAAUUUUUAAUAAGUUCUGAACACUCAAGUUGUCUGUGGUCAGACCGAAGGCUGUUAUCAGAGAAAGGCAAAAUUCACCCUUCUGGUUCUAUCAUCCUAUCCAGAAGAAAUCUUCAUCUACUGCAUGCCAUCCUAACUAGUGCUUAGAGGAUUACCAGGAAUACAGAUACAGAGACUUGGCAGGAAAGAAAACGCGGUGGUAAAAGAAAACACGAAAGGAAGUAGAGAAGGCAUUUCAGGUAUCGGAGCCUUACUAUUUUCAGCCAGAGUUCAAAUGACUGAGCUUCAAGCAAACCACUGCCAGAUGCUGCGCAGAAGAGGUGAGAUAGAAAAGAGAACUGUCUAGAAGCUAAGACGUCUAAUGUACACUCUUGCACCAGGAUGGAAGGGGAAUCUUACUACAAUGCGUCUACUGUCAAUGGCACCCCAGUGAGUCACCAGCCUUUGGAACGCCAUGGGUUGUGGGAGGUCAUCACCAUCGCAGUUGUCACGGCUGUGGUGAGUCUGAUCACCAUCGUGGGCAAUGUCUUAGUCAUGAUCUCCUUUAAGGUCAACAGCCAGCUGAAGACAGUUAACAACUAUUAUCUGCUCAGCUUAGCCUGUGCAGAUCUCAUCAUUGGAAUCUUCUCCAUGAACCUCUACACCACGUACAUCCUCAUGGGACGGUGGGCUCUCGGGAGUCUGGCUUGUGAUCUUUGGCUUGCGCUGGACUAUGUGGCCAGCAAUGCUUCUGUCAUGAACCUUCUGGUGAUUAGUUUUGACCGUUACUUUUCGAUCACAAGACCCCUCACGUACCGGGCCAAGCGUACCCCAAAGAGGGCUGGCAUCAUGAUUGGCCUGGCCUGGCUGAUCUCCUUCAUCCUCUGGGCCCCAGCGAUCCUAUGCUGGCAGUACUUGGUUGGGGAGCGGACGGUGCCCCCAGAUGAGUGCCAGAUCCAGUUCCUCUCUGAGCCCACCAUCACUUUCAGCACAGCCAUCGCCGCCUUCUACAUCCCUGUUUCUGUCAUGACGAUCCUCUACUGCCGCAUCUACCGGGAGACGGAGAAGCGAACCAAGGACCUGGCUGACCUCCAGGGCUCAGACUCCGUGGCUGAAGCUGAGAAGAGAAAGUCAGCUCACCAAGCUCUGCUCAGGUCCUGCUUCAGCUGCCCCCGGCCCACCCUGGCCCAGAGGGAAAGGAACCAGGCCUCCUGGUCGUCCUCCCGCAGGAGCACCUCCAUCACUGGGAAGCCAUCCCAAGCCACCGGCCCGAGCACUGAGUGGGCCAAAGCCGAGCAGCUGACCACCUGCAGCAGCUACCCCUCCUCAGAAGACGAGGACAAGCCCACCACUGAUCCAGUCUUUCAAGUGGUUUACAAGAGCCAGGCCAAGGACAGCCCAAGGAAAGAGUUAAGUGCUGAAGAGACCCAGCAGACUUUUGUGAAUGCUCAAACUGAAAAAAAUGACUAUGACACCCCAGAAUACUUCCUGUCUCCAGCUGCUGCUCAUGGGCCCAAGAGUCAGAAGUGUGUGGCCUACAAGUUCCGACUGGUGGUGAAAGCCGAGGGGACCCAUGACACCAACAACGGAUGCCGCAAGGUCAAAAUCAUGCCGUGUUCCUUGCCAGUGUCCAAGGACCCCUCAACAAAAGGCCCCGAUCCCAGCCUCAGCCAUCAGAUGACCAAACGAAAGAGGAUGGUCCUCGUCAAAGAGAGGAAAGCCGCCCAGACCCUGAGUGCAAUUCUCCUGGCUUUCAUCAUCACUUGGACUCCUUACAACAUCAUGGUCCUGGUUUCUACCUUCUGCGACAAGUGCGUCCCAGUCACCCUGUGGCACCUGGGCUACUGGUUAUGCUAUGUCAAUAGCACUGUCAACCCCAUCUGCUAUGCCCUCUGCAACAGAACCUUCAGGAAGACCUUUAAGAUGCUGCUGUUCUGCCGAUGGAAAAAGAAAAAAGUGGAAGAGAAGUUGUACUGGCAGGGGAACAGCAAGCUCCCCUGAAAAUUAACAACUCCCCUCAAAGUAUAACCAUGAUCAAGGUCCUUUGAGGAUGGGCCAGCUGAUUCUUGUUUACUUUCCAAAAAGAUAUCUGUCCUUUUGAGUCCCUGAGGCCUCUGUAAAGCAUCAAGGUCUACUGUCAAAAGGAAGGAGUCAUAGCUGCCACAAUCACUGCCAUACUGAG